UCACAACCACCAACCAUGAAGGUGAUUGUGCUGGCUCUGACUGUGGCCUUUGUGGCUGGCAGUCAGAUUAGCUAUGCCCCAGAAUUUGCAGCUGGAAAGACCUACGAGUACAAAUAUGAAGGAUAUCUUCUGGGAGGGCUGCCUGAGGAGGGCCUGGCAAGGGCAGGGGUGAAAAUCCAGAGCAAAGUUUUGAUCGGUGCAGCAGAUCCUAACAGCUACAUUUUGAAACUUGAAGACCCUGUGAUCUCGGAGUACAGUGGUAUCUGGCCCAAAGAGGUCUUCCACCCUGCCACAAAGCUCACCUCAGCUCUCUCUGCUCAGCUCUUGACACCUGUCAAGUUUGAGUAUGCCAACGGUGUGAUCGGUAAAGUGUACGCCCCGGCGGGCGUCUCUACAUCUGUGCUGAAUAUCAUCAGGGGAAUCCUCAACAUCUUUCAGAUGAACAUCAAGAAGACUCAGAAUGUGUAUGACCUGCAAGAGACUGGAGUAAAAGGUGUGUGCAAGACAUACUAUGUCCUUAGUGAGGAUCCGAAGGCUGAGCGCCUUCAUUUGACAAAGACCACAGACUUCAAUCACUGCUCAGAAAAAAUCUACAUGGAUGUUGGCAUGGCUGGUUAUACAGAAAAAUGUGCAGAGUGUGCGACUCGGGGGAAAGGGUUUUCAGGAGCAAUGUCUCUAAACUACGUCAUGAAGCCCUUGACCUCUGGUUCCUUGAUCUUAGAGGCCACUGCUACUGAGCUCCUCCAGUACUCCCCUUUCAAAAUUGUGAACGGAGCUGUCCAGAUGGAGGCAAAGCAGAAUGUGACCUUUGUUGAUGUCAAGAACACCCCAUUAGAGGCCACCAAAGCUGAGUACGUUCCCCGUGGAUCACUGAAGUACGAGUUAGGUACUGAAGUCCUCCAGACACCAAUUCAGCUUCUGAGGGUCACCAAUGCUGAGGCUCAGAUUGUUGAGACUCUGAACAACCUUGUGAGCCUCAAUUUGGGCAAGGCCCAUGAAGAUUCUCCCCUGAAGUUUAUUGAGCUCAUCCAGCUUCUGCGUGUGGCCAGAUAUGAAAGCAUUGAAGCUCUCUGGAGUCAAUUCAAAUCCAAAAACGAUCAUAGGCACUGGAUGCUGAGCUCCAUCCCUGCCAUUGGUACACAUGUUACUCUUAAGUUCAUCAAGGAGAAGGUCAUUGCUGGUGAAGUGACCGCUGCUGAAGCUGUUCAGGCCAUCAUGGCGUCCACACACUUGGUGACAGCCGACCUGGAGGCCAUCAAGCUUCUGGAGGAACUGGUCAAGGCCCCUAAGGUUCAAGAAAAUGCUGCUUUGCGUGAGGUCACCAUGCUGGGCUUUGGCACCACGAUUCACAAAUACUGUGUGGAGAACCCAUCAUGUCCACCUGACCUUCUCAAGCCUAUCCAUGACAUUAUUGCCAGUGCUCUUGAGAGACGUGACAAUAAUGAGCUCUCCCUGGCUCUCAAAGUUCUGGGUAAUGCAGGACAUCCCAGCAGCCUGAAGCCGAUCAUGAAGCUGCUGCCUGGUUUCGGCAGCUCUGCCUCCAAUCUUGAGCACAGAGUUCAUGUUGAUGCUGCUAUGGCACUGAGAAAAAUUGCAAAGAGAGAACCCAAGCUGAUUCAGGACAUAGCUAUUCAGCUCUUCAUGGAUAGGGCUCUUGACUCAGAGCUCCGCAUAAUUUCUGCUAUUGUGCUGUUUGAGACCAAACUGCCCUUGAUUCUGGUGACCACUGUAGCUAAGAGCCUCCUGUCAGAACCAAACCUGCAGGUUGCUAGCUUUGUCUACUCUUACAUGAAGGCUUUCACCAGGACCACCACCCCUGACCGUUCUUCUUUAGCUGCUUCCUGCAAUGUUGCCAUCAGGAUGCUCAACCCUAAGUUUGAUAGACUAUGCUUCCGCUACAGCCGAGCUUUCCUUUAUGACCACUAUUACAAUCCUUGGAUGAUAGGAGCUGCUGCCAGCGCAUUUUACAUCAAUGAUGCUGCAACUGUGUUGCCAAGAAACGUCAUGGCAAAAGCUCAAGUUUACAUGUCUGGAGUGUUUGUUGAUGUUCUGGAGUUCGGAGCCAGAUCUGAGGGAGUACAGGAGGCCCUUUUGAAAGUCCGUGAAGUUCCAGAGGAUGCAGACAGGAUCACCAAGAUGAAGCAAGCUCUCAAGGCUCUAAUUGAGUGGAGGGCCAAUCCUUCCCGCAAGCCCCUUGGCUCUCUGUACGUGAAAGUUCUUGGACAUGAAAUCGCAUUUGCAAACAUCGACAAAGAAAUGGUUGAAAGGAUCAUUGAGUUUGCAACCGGACCUGAAAUCCGCACUUAUGGCAAAAAGGCCUUGGAUGCUCUGUUAUCUGGUUACUCUCUGAAAUACUCCAAGCCAAUACUGGCUAUUGAGGUCCGUCACAUCUUCCCCAGCUCUCUCGGUUUACCCAUGGAGCUGAGUCUCUACACUGCUGCUGUGGCAGCCGUAUCUGUUGAGGUACGAGCCGCCAUUUCUCCACCACCUUCUGAGAACUUCCAUCCUGUCCACCUCUUGAGGUCUGAUGUUUCCCUAAAGGCUUCAGUCGCUCCGAGUGUGUCUUUGCACACCUAUGCUGUUAUGGGAGUAAAUAAUCCUUUCAUUCAGGCUACUGUGAUGUCAAGAGCCAAAGUACACACAGUUAUUCCUAAAAAGAUGGAGGCGAGAGUUGACAUAGAAAAGGGCUACUUUAACUAUAAGUUCCUGCCUGUAGAGGGUGUGAAAACAAUCGCAUCUGCUCGUCUUGAAACAGUUGCCAUUGCAAGAGAUGUGGAAGACCUCGCAGCUGCCAGGAUCACGGCAGUUGUCCCGUUAGACAAUUUUAAGAGGAAGAACGCCACCUCAAGACUUUCACAGAUCGUGGGUAGUGAAGCAAAUUCUGAGGAAUUUCGUCCUCUUAAACGGAAAAGUCAGAGUGCCAGAAACAAGAAAAUCCCCAAACCAGUUGUGAAGAAAAUGUGCGCUACCACAUACACGUUCGGAAUACAGACCUGCAUUGAUAUUAGGUCUCGCAAUGCCACCUUCCUCAGAAACACCCCGAUCUACGCCAUAAUUGGAAAUCAUACUCUUAUGGUUAAUGUCACCCCAGCUGCUGGACCACCCAUCGAAAGGAUUGAAAUUGAGGUUCAGAUUGGUGAAAAGGCAGCAGAAAAGAUCCUUAAAGCGGUUAACCUGAGUGAGGAGGACAAGAUACUUGAGGACAAAAACGUCCUGAUGAAGCUGAAGAAGAUUUUGGUUCCUGGUCUGAAGAACAACACAAAGUCUUCAUCCUCCAGCUCAAGCAGCUCUAGAUCCAGCAGCUCUCCUUCAAGCAGCUCUAGCUCCAGCAGCUCUUGCUCUAGCAGCUCAAGUUCUAGCAGCUCACGUUCUAGCAGUUCUUCCUCACGCUCCUCCAAGACCUCUUCCAGAUCCUCCUCUUCAAGCCGCAAAAGCAAGACGCUGGAUCUUGCUGACCCACUUAACAAAACACCAAAGAGGUCCUCCAGCAGGUCAUCCAGCAGGUCAUCCAGCAGGUCGUCCAGCAGGUCGUCCAGCUCCAGCUCCUCCAGCUCCAUGUCCAAGGAACGGUAUGAACUGAACUUCACCAAGGAUCACAUCCACGAGCAUUCGAUCUCAGCAGAGCGUGUGAAAAGCAAGAGCAGCGCUAGCAGCUUUGAAUCCAUCUACAAGGCCAAAUACCUGUCCAACACCGUCCGUCCACAAGUCGCAGUCCUGGUCCGUGCCAUUAGACAAGACAACAAGAACCAGGGAUAUCAGAUCGCUGCUUACUUUGACAGUGAAACCGCCAGAGUGCAGAUCAUUGUGGCCAACCUCACUGAGAAUAACAACUGGACGAUCUGUGCUGACAGCGUGAUGCUCAGCCACCACAAAGUGAUGACUCGACUAACCUGGGGAAUUCAAUGCAAGCAGUACAACACCACAAUCACAGCUGAAACCGGUCGCGUUGAGAAGAAACCUGCAAUCCGUGUGAAACUGGCCUGGGCGAGACUCCCUCAUUACAUGAAGAAAUAUUCAAGAAGAGUCUCUAAAUUGUUUUACCGUGUCGCUGAGGACAUUGGAGUGAGCAGGACAAAGGUUCUCAACGAGCCCAGACAGAUAAAACUCACUGUAGCUGUUGCCAACGAGACAAACCUGAACGUCACACUGAAGACAUCAAAGAGGGCCUAUUACAAACUGGGAUGGGCCGUUCCCGUAUACCUGCCGAUUAACAACACUGCUGCUGAGCUGCAGGCGUUCCGGGGCAGAUGGACGGAGCAGGUCACCUAUAUGCUCACCAAGUCUACCGCAGCCGAGUGCUCCGUGGUCAAUGACACAGUGGUCACCUUCAACAACAGGAAGUUCAAAACAGAGAUGCCCCACACUUGCCCUCAGGUCUUGGCUCAAGAUUGCACAAACGAACUCAAAUUCAUAGUUCUGCUGAAGAGGGACCAAACAGCAGAAAAGAAUGAGAUCAACAUCAAGGUUGAAAACAUUGAUGUCGACAUGUAUCACAAGAACAAUGUCGUUAUGGUGAAGGUUAAUGGAGCAGAAAUUCCUCUCAACAACCUGCCAUAUCAGCACCCCUCAGGCAACAUACAUAUCAAAGAGAAAGAGAAGGGCAUUUCUCUGUUUGCUCCCAGUCAUGGUCUUCAGGAAGUCUACUUCAGCUCUGAUAAAGUGCAGGUUAGGGUGGUGGACUGGAUGAGAGGCCAGACCUGUGGAAUCUGUGGAAAAGCUGGCGGCGAAUUCAGACAGGAGUACGUCACUCCGAACGAGCGGGUUUCCAGGAACGCGACGAGCUUCGCUCAUUCCUGGGUUCUGCCUGCAAAGAGCUGCCGUGAGGCCUCUGAGUGCUACAUGCGGCUUGAGUCGGUGAAGCUGGAGAAGCAGGUCAGGGUGGCAGGUGAGGAAUCUAAAUGCUACUCCGUGGAACCUGUGCUGCGCUGUCUGCCUGGCUGCCAGUCCGUGAGAACCACCUCCGUCACUGUCGGCUACCACUGCGUUCCUCAGGAGUCGAACAUGAAUCGCCCUGAUGCUCUCAGUAGCAUCUUCGAGAAGAGCAUUGAUGUGAGCGAGACAGCGGAGUCCCACCUGGCCUGUCGCUGCACUCCACAGUGUGCCUAAUUGUGUUGCUUUCUGACAUUCGUUCUGUUUUUGUGUUUCAUGGAUGCUUGUAAACUAAAAUAAAGAAGCAAUUGAAA